AUCUUACUACCAACGCUGAGGAUAGCCGUUUUGAUUCACUGUUAUAUCGCCUUGACAUCUACCUUGUUUAUUUAACUCUGGGUUACUUUAUGGUUGCCCAGUCAACAAGCAACACGUGCAUUGUAUUUCUAUAAUCUCUCCCUGGAUUAUUUUCCAGCUAACGUUAGCUAGACGCAGCGGCGCCGUUAGAUGUAGCGAUAAAGGUGUGUAAACAGGAGGCACUAUCACUUCACCGACACCACCUGGACCAGCAGCGUGCGGAGUAAAGCCCAGGUUAACGCUAGCAGCUCCACCAGCUCCGCUUCUGCCACAUCUCAGACAUGCUAGUGCCUAACUAGCAAGCUAGCCGCCUGGCCUGAACCCAGUUGUACUGCUGCGCUUACUAGCCGUCGAGCUAUCUUAGCUGCUCUACCACAACUAUGGACGAGACUAAUAUUAAGAAACAGAACUGGGACGUGAGGGAGACGGAGUUGUUCCUGGAGAUCCUCAAGGAGCUCGACAUGAAGAAAUGCCUAGAUGGGAGGAAAGUUAGGAACAACAAAGUCUUCAAGGUGGCUCAUAGAAGAAUGACAGCGGCCGGCUAUCACAGAUCAGUGGACCAGUUAAAGAUUCGCUGGAAAGUUCUCAAAAGUGCUUAUUACAAGUGCAAGAGACAGCCUGAGUCCAACACCCCAAUCAAAAUACAGGGUUGGUGGCGUUAUGAAAAAACAAUGAUUGCAAUCAUGGAAUCGAGGCGUCCCCUAGUCGGAACUGUGCUCCACUCCGAUAGGAAUGAUGAAGUGACAGAAGACUCGGAUGGAGAGGCAUCUAUCCUGCACUGGCCUCAGCCCUGCCCAGACAAUGCCAGUCUCAAUUUGGAUUUGAUUAUCAAAACAGACCCUGAGAUGGAGUCGCAGCUGAAGAUUGGCUUUAUCGGUGCAGGGAACAUGGCCUAUGGGAUAGCAAAGGGCAUCUUGUCUGGAGAUGUUCUGCCUGCAAAUAUGAAAGUAAGUGCGCCAUCCUCCAGGAACCUGGGGCGCUUUCAGGAGUUGGGGAUCGCAGUCACUCACUCCAACCCAGAGCUGGUUUGUAGCUCAGAUGUGGUCUUCGUGGCAGUCAAACCCCACCUGGUUCCUCUUGUUCUCAACGAGGUCUCGCAGCACAUCACGCAGAGGCACAUCAUUGUGUCUGUUGCAGCUGGAGUAACACUGGCAACGUUAGAAGAUCUUCUGCCGUUCAAUUCAGCGGUCCUUAGGCUGAUGCCCAACCUGCCAUGUUUGGUUCAAGAAGGGGCUCUCUUGUUUUCAAGGGGAUCACAUGCGAAGCCUGAGGAUGGAGCUCUGCUUCGCUCCUUGUUGCAUCGCUGUGGUUUGGUGGAGGAGGGACCUGAAGCCUGGAUUGAUAUCCACACAGGACUAAGUGGCAGCGGGGUUGCCUUUGUGUAUCUCUUUGCUGAGGCCCUGGCAGAAGGCGCUGUUAAAAUGGGCAUGCCGAGCGCCCUGGCUCACAGCAUUGCAUCGCAGACCGUUCUGGGUGCUGGACGAUUGUUACGGGACUCAGGGAAGCAUCCGUCUCAGCUUCGCUCGGAGGUGUGCACCCCUGGAGGGACCACCAUCUACGGGCUUCAUACCCUGGAGCAGGGCGGCGUGAGGGCAGCGACCAUGAGUGCUGUGGAAUCUGCCACUGAGAGAGCCAGGGAGCUUGGCCAGAAGUCGGCAGGAGUGGGAUGCAAAAAAUGAUGGACGCUAACCACUCAUUCCCUCUUAAACUCUAUCAGAACCUAACAGCAGAUUACUCUUCGGCCCAUCCUCAAGGAACAUGCAGACAAACAGGACAUUCCAUGGCUCAUGCCUUCAAUGGGGCUUUGCUUUUUUUUUUUUUUUUUUGCCUCCUCCCUUAAAAAAAAGAAAAGAAAAAGUGCAGUUCAUACUUCUGAUAUUCUAUUUUGUGACAAGCGGGAUUUGUUGUGCAAAAAGUAUACAUCGAUGAACUAAGCUAACAACACUCCCUGUCAAUACCAGUACCAAUACACUGUUCAUAGCUCAAUUUUAACAUUGAAACCGAUGACAGAAAUGUUAAAUCAUCAUCAGAAUACUUGGAUCAGUGAUCUAAAAAAUGUCUUAAAGAGUAUGUGGUGUUCCACAGAAUGGAGCUUCUAAUGUGCCGAUCCCAAGUGUAUUAAACUAUAAUACUGUUAUAUAGUGUCAUUAUAUAUUUGGCCAAAUAAAGCGCAAGAUUACAAUUUGCAGAGAUUGAAGAGUGGCUGUGAGUUACACAGCUGCAGCUAGUUGAUCGUUUCUUUUCCAGAUAGAGCAGAUGGUUUUUUAGUCAUUAGCCUUGUGUCACAGAACAUUUAGGAAAAUAUUCAUGAUUGGCAUAAAUCAAAAUAUGUAGAAUGUUGUUUUUUUGUUUUUUUCAUAAACUGUGAUGUGAUUCCCUU